ACGUGAUGGAGUAAAGUUAACUCCACGACAGAUAAAACAUUGUAAGCGAUGGGUGGUAAGUAAGUUUACGUUGAAAAAAAUAUUUACUGUAAAACAACUUAAAAGCAGAGUUUUACCGCACUUGAGAUGAUGGGAUCAAAGUGAAACGCCGCCGCUGGUGGGACACUUCAUUUCGACAUGACAGAGGAGGUGUGCGUCCGGGUGGCGGUUCGGGUCCGUCCCCUGCUCCCCAAAGAGGUCCUCCACAACCACGAAGUGUGCGUUCGGGUGGUGCCCGAAUCUGCGCAGGUGAUGCUCGGCUCGGCCCGCCUCUUCCCCUUCGACCACGCGUUCGGACCGACGGCCAGCCAGGGUGAGGUGUACGAGUCCUGCGUCCAGCCCCUGGUGGAGUCCCUGGUCGACGGACACAACGCGACCGUCUUCUGUUACGGCCAGACGGGCUCCGGCAAGACAUACACCCUGGGAGGAGGGAACCAGG